AUGUCAGGAGAAGAAACAACCACAGAUGGCCUUCCAGAGGAUCUUCAAAUUUCAGAUUUCAUACAUUUCAAGUAUGCUCCAAUUUCUUCUGUUGAUGUAGAACGGAGCUUUUCUCUUUACAAAAAUAUGUUGGCUGAUAAUCGCCGUUCAUUUGUAUUUGAAAACCUGUCAAAGUCACUGGUUGUAAAUUGUAAUUCCUAA